AUGGCGCCCAGACGGCCAAGCGAAGAAGAGUUGGGAAGAAAAUGGGAUCGGUGCCUUGUAGAUACAACGUUUAAAACUGGUAUUUUGAAAAUCAAGAAGAAGUAGAAGAUAAUUUUGAUAAGAGUUCGCUGAAUUUACCUCAUACCUUUUUUUCAGUUGGUGGAGCCGUGUUUGGCGGUAUUCUUUCGCUUCUUUUCUUCAAAAGUAAGUCCAGAGAAAGCUUAGGUGUUAGCUUAUGCGGAAGUUUUAAACUCUUUUGUGCACUUUAAGAUUCAAAUAUUCCUCUAAAAACUAACCUUGAGGAAAAAUUAAUGAUUUUUUCCAGCAGGGCGAAGAUUUCGUGCCCUCUGUGAAGUCCAACAAUUACUUCGCUGGAAUAGGGGCCUUGCUGGGAGGUCUACAAGGGGGGAGGAGAGGGUUUCCUAUUUAGGGUGUGGGUUUUUGGAUAUUUCAAUGAAAUUUCGGAUCAAUAUCACAUCUGGGCAACUGCUCACCUACCCCUCCCCUAACUCAACAUUAACCCCAACUUUUUAUCAAUUGACUGUUGUUGAGUUAGGGGAGGGGUAGGUAGGCAGUUGCCCAGAUACUGAUAUUGAUCCAAAAUUUCUUUUGUUACCAGAUUCCAUAUUUUGAUUUGACUUACAUAAACUUAUCUAAUGAACAAGAGGUACAAAGGUGACCAAUAUAAAGUAGAAAUACACCAACAUUUUUUAAGAUCAAGUGUUUCCUGACAUGAAAUCAUAACUAUUAACUCUUCACUCCCAAGAUCUCAUUAGCAAUUCUCCUUAUUGUCUGCCAUAAAAUUAUUGUAAUAUGAUUUUGGAGAAUUUGGUAUUGGAUCAAGUAAUGAUCCUCCAGUUGAUACUAUUCUUUAUUCCCAUCACUCUUCUGCUUGAUAUUAUAUUGAUAUUGUAAGGAGAAAUUCUGUCUUGGCAGCGCAUGAGAGUUAUAGGGUUAGAGGUAUUUAAAUACCCAUGGCUCUUUUACACCCUUAGCAUCUCCAUAAAAAGUGAAAAGUUUAUCCAAAGUGUUAUUCAUUAUAGCUUGAGUGAAACUAACUCUCAUCUAUGGGUACCAUGGAAGGGAUUGGAUGGUAAAGUUACCUCUUGGUCAUUGGAAUAUUCCCUGUAAACAAGAGAAAAAUGCCUUAUUAGGAUGAAGGGCUUGAAAUCCAUUGAUAGGGUUGUUUUUGUUUACACCAGCUUAUCACUGCUUUUACCACAAUAAGUAUAUUUGUUUGGAUGUUUCCACAUAAUUGUAGCUUCCUCUAAUAUUUUUUCCUUAAAUAUGAAGGGCUGCAUGGCCUGUCACAUUAGGAAUUGGUGUAGGCCUUGAAGCUGGAUAUUCAAACUGUAAACACCAGUUGUACUGGCAGGGUCCUCCUGGAUUCCCAUUUGGAAGGCCUCAUUGA